AUGGACGUGCCCUGGUCCCUGGGCUUGACUCUGCUCCUCUUGGGGAUCCCCCUCACCCAUGCUGAGCCACUGUAUAUCCUGGUGACCCCCCGAGUCCUGCGGGUCGGCAACCCUGAGAACAUCCACGUGCAGGCUCACUCGGACUCCAGGCAGCCCCUUACCGGGACCCUGGAGGUGAACCUCACUGUGUGGGACUUCCCCCUGAAGAAGGCGGAGGUGGCCAGAAGCCAGCUCACUCUCUCACCGGAAAACCACUUCAUGAGCCAGGCAGCCCUGACGAUUCCCGAGAGCCUGGUAUACCCCCCACAACCAGGGCAGCAGCAUGUCAUCAUCCGGGCAACGUGGGCACCCACCUCCACCUCCUCGUUCAUGGAGAAGGUUGUGCUGGUGGCUCCCCAUGCUGGCUACAUCUUCAUCCAGACGGACAAGACCAUCUACACCCCUGAGCACAUGGUUCAGUACCGGGUGCUCGCUGUGAACCACAAGAUGGAUCCUGUGACCAGGACGUUCACUCUGGACAUCAAGGUGGCCUCUCCGAACCCAGAAGGGAUCACUGUGCUCAGCCAGGAUCUGCUGGCCAGCAGAGCCAGUUACCAAAGUGCAACCAAGCUGAAGUUCAAAGCAGCCUUUGACGUGAAGGAGUAUGUGCUCCCUUCUUUUGAGGUCCGGCUGAUCCCAAAGAAGAGCUUCUUCUACCUCAAUGAUGAAUCUCUGUGUGUGGAAAUCCAGGCCUGGUAUAUAUUCAACAAGCCGGUGGACGGACAUGCCCUGGCCAUCUUCGGGGUGAAGCUGGGUUCCCGCCGGAUCGCCAUUCAAAGUUCUCUACAGAGGGUGGAGAUCUCCAGAGGCGAGGGUCACGUCUCCCUCCAGAAGGACACGUUGAUGGCUGCAUUCCAAGGCCCAGAAGAGGACUUCAUAGGGGCCUCGAUCUAUGUCAACGUCACCGUGUUCUCCUCAGGGGGUGAGAUGGUGCAGGCCGAGACCUCAGCGGUGAAGAUCGCCCGGAGCCCAUACAACAUCAAGUUCACCAGGACACCCCAGUAUUUCAAGCCGGGGAUGCCCUUCCAUUUUAGGGUCUUCGUCUCAAAUCCUGACGGGUCCCCAGCCUCCGGAGUUCUUGUUCGCUGCCAAGACCGCAAAAUGUACACCUCACCCAGUGGGGUGGCCACUCUAACCAUCAACACAGACACACAGCUGAAGCAGCUCCCUAUCCAGGUGGUAACUGAUGAGGAUCUCCGGCCAGAGGAUCAAGCAUCGGCCAGGAUGACUGCUUGGCCUUACUCAACUCAGGAUGGGUCAGGGAACUUCCUGCACAUAGAGGUGAAGACGUCUGACACUGAAGUUGGCAGCAGCCUCCAGCUGAGCCUCCACACAAGGCAUCUGAACCCCGCAGCCAAGGAUCAGAUCACUCACUUCACCAUCCUGGUCCUGAGUAAGGGUCAGAUUGUGUCUACCAAACAUCAAUUAAAACGUCACAGGAGUGUCUACACGUCAGCCAUCAUUGAUGUGACUUCAGAGAUGCUGCCCUCCUUCCGCAUCCUGGCCUUUUAUUUACUGCCCAGAGGAACAGGCCAGAACCCUGAAUUGGUAGCCGAUUCCAUAUGGAUUGAUGUGAAAGACAGAUGCAUGGGGACGCUGAAGGUUGGCUUAAAUCAUGAAGACUCCUUCAGUUCUUUGGAGCCCAACAGCAAGGUGGACAUAAAGGUGACAGGUGAUGCAGAGGCCACAGUGGGGCUUGUGGCCGUGGACAAGGCUGUUUACGUCUUGAACAGCAAACACAAGCUCACACAGAAGAAGGUCUGGGAUGUGGUGGAGGAACACGACAUUGGCUGCACCGCCGGCAGUGGGAAAGACGGGCUAGCUGUGUUCAAGGAUGCUGGGUUGGACCUGAAGAUGAGCACAGGGAUGGACACCUUGGCAAGCUCAGACUGGCACUGCCCCCAGAGCCACCCUCCCAGCCGCCGCCGCCGCUCCCUAAAGAGCCUGGAGACCAAGAGGAACGCAGUGAACAAGUUCAACACAGAGCUGGAGCGCAAGUGCUGUGAGGCUGGGCUCCGGGAGAACCCCGUGGGGCUGUCGUGCGAGGAGAGGACCCGGCACGUCCGCCCUGAGCCGGCCUGUGUGGCCGCGUUCCUGAGCUGCUGCCAUCUGUCUGCGGCCCUGACUCGGGAGGCCCUGCAGGAGGAGCUGCUUCUGGGGACAAGGUGGAACCUGCCCCGAUUCCCAUGGCCCACGUGGCAGCUCGUGGCCGUCAGCCUCAAGCCCGGACAAGGUCUCUGCGUCUCGGAGCCUUUCGAGAUGACGGUCAGGAAACCGUUCUUUGUGGAUCUGAAGCUGCCCUUCUCCAUGGUCCGGAACGAGCAAGUCCAGAUCCAAGCCGUGCUGUACAACUUCCUGAGCCGCCAGGUCAAGGUCCGCGUGGAGUUCCCCCACAAGGAGCCGCUGUGCAGCGCAUCCAGGCCAGGAGCCCCGUCCCGCCAGGUGGUGGUCCUGCCCCCCACCUCCACCAAGGUGGUGCCUUUUGUGCUUCUCCCGCUUGAGAUGGGCAAAGUGGACGUGGAGGUCAAGGUCAUAGGCUCCGGGAUCCAGGACCAUGUGAAGAAGACGCUCCUGGUCCGGGCAGGGGGCAAGAUAGAAAAAAUAUCUCAUAGCUUCGUCCUGAACCCCCAAGGUCGGCCCCAGGUGGAGCUGGUGCCAAGAAGAGACCUUUGGAACAAGAUGCCCAACACAGAGGCAGAAGUGUUUGUCAGCGUCCAAGGGGACAUCCUCGGUGAGACCAUCCUGGGCAGCCUGACCUCCCGAGAAACGCAUGAGCUGCUGAGGGUCCCGACCGGCUGCCCCGAGCAGACGCUGAGCAGCCUGACGCCGGUGAUCAUCCUGACCCGCUAUCUGGACGCCACGGGCCAGUGGGGCAAGGUCGGGGUGGAGCACAGGGACCAAGUGAUGAAGAACAUUGUCAGCGGAUAUACCCGGAUGCUGACCCACCGGAGCGCAGACGGCACCUACCACAUCCACAAGGGAAAGCCGGGAAGCACCUGGCUCACGAGCUACGUGUUCCGAGUUUACGCCCUGGCCUACUCCACCAUGACCUUGCAUAUGAUUGACCUGCGCUCUCUCUGUGACAUUGCCAAGUGGAUCAUCACCCAGAGGCAGGGCGAGGACGGGCGGUUCUUGGAGGAGGGCCCCAUAAUCAUGGGGUCCAUGCAGGGUGGCUACCGAGGCUCUGAGGCAGACGUAUGCCUCACAGCCCUUGUUCUGAUCGCCCUGGAUGAGGGGGAGGAGUUGUGCAGCUCGGAGAUACCGGAUUUGGUUGCCAGCAUGGAGAAAGCCAGGGCCUUCCUGGAGCGACGCCUCCCCGACAUUCAGAAAACCUUUUCCGUCGCCAUAGUCUCCUAUGCUCUGGCCCUCACCAACAGCCCCCGAGCCAACGACCGCCUGGACAGCUUUGCCAGCCACAACAAAAACUACUGGCCGGUAAAAGACAAGGACUGGAACUCCCUGUACACCAUCGAGGCCACCGCCUAUGCGCUGAUGCAGAAGCUGGAGCUGGGUCUGCACAAUGAGACGCAUGCCAUCGCCAAGUGGCUGCUGGAGAAGCGGGAGCUGGGAGGCGGCUUCAAAUCCACGCAGACCACGGUGGUGGCCAUCGAGGCCCUUACCCGCUUCAGCCAAGCUGUCCCCUUCGAGGGUGCCCAGGAUCUCCGCGUCCAGAUCAGAGCCCCCAAGAGAUCCCUGAACGUGGAGUGGCUCAUCGAUCAGAACAAUGCUUACCAGCGGCGGUCGGCGAAGUUUUCUUCCGAAGACGACCUAGAGAUCACAGCCAGUGGCAGCGGGAGAGGCACCAUAUCGGUCUUGACCAUGUACCACAGGUCCCCAGAGUCCUGGGAGGACACUUGCAACCUAUACCACCUGAAUGCUACUCUUCAUAGAGCCCUGGAAGAAAAAAAAAGUGGGAAAGAGACCUUUCAACUUCGGAUGGAAACAAGGUUCCUGGGUGAUCGAGAGGCCACAAUGACCAUCAUGGAGGUUUCCCUGCUCACUGGCUUCUACCCCAACCAUGAUGACCUCAAACAGCUCACGAGCGAGGUGGAGAUGUAUGCGUUCCAGUACGAGACCAAGACGAAAUCCAGCGACAGCACCGUGGUCCUCUACCUGGAGAAGCUCUCCCACCAGGAAGACACGGUGCUGGGCUUCCGGGUCCACAGGAUGCUGCCUGCGGAGUUUCUGCAGGCCGCCCAGGUCACGGUCUAUGACUACUAUGAGCCCUGUUCAGCUUGA